UUCUUUUCUUUUCUUUUUUUUUUUUUUUUUCCAUAAGGCAUCUGAAAAUAGACUGUGGGGACACAGACAGAAUCUGGGAAGCUACCCUGGAAAAACAGGCCUCUGACGAGCCCUGAGGACACCUGUGCUCCAGAGCUGCUGAGUUAAUUCGUUCGGUCAAGGUGAUUUUACGCCAGGAUGCAGACUCCCAACACGACGGGCGACUGCGUCUCCUGCACCACGCAUAUGCAUGGUGCCUACUCUGCAGAUCGGCUGCUGAGACACAGAGCCAUGAGCCACCCCAGACACAUGGGCAAGAUAAAAAAGCGGCUGGAGGACAUCAAGAACCAGUCCCUGAAAUCAACAAAAGCAGAUUUCAGCCACAACGAAAGCAUCAGAUUGGCCACGGACGCUUUCCUGGAUGGUGGGACAGACUCGUAUCUCCAGACUUUAAGCAAAGAGGGAGAGGUGGAUUUCCUCUCCUCGGUGGAAGCUCGGUACAUCAAGGAGAACGCCCGGGAGUCCUACUAUGCGCAGGAAUCCCCCACGGAUGGGGCAGCCGCGCAAAGGCAGAACGAUGGCGGCUCCCUGCCUUCAGGGACGUACUUCCCCACCAUUUCUGACAGCAGUGAGCCCGCUCUCCUGCACACAUGGAUUACAGCGGACAAGCCCUAUUUAAAGGAAAAGUCCACGGCCACCGUGUACUUCCAGACAGAGAAGAACAGCAACAUCAGAGACAUCAUACGCCGAUACAUCAACAAGACCACGCAGGUGCUGGCUAUCGUGAUGGAUGUAUUCACAGACACUGAGAUCCUUUGUGACCUUCUGGAGGCAGCCAACAAGCGCAUGGUAUUUGUCUACCUGCUGCUGGACCAUGGCAAUAUAAAUCUCUUCUCGGAGAUGUGUGACAAGCUGCAGAUUGCUGAGGAUCUCUUCAAGAAUAUCUCAGUCCGCAGUGUUACUGGAGAGGUAUACUGUGCCAAAUCAGGCAGGAAAUUUUCAGGACAAAUACAAGAAAAAUUUCUUAUCUCUGACUGGAGAUACGUUCUCUCUGGAUCCUACAGCUUCACAUGGUUAUGUGGCCAGGUUCACCGCAACCUCCUCUCCAAGUUCACUGGUCAAGUUGUGGAGCUGUUUGACGAGGAGUUCCGCCACCUCUAUGCACUGUCCAAGCCAGUGAGGGGACCGAAGUCUCCACCACGCACCAUGCCCUUCCUCUUCAGCCAGAGCUGGGCCCUGCCGCGCAGCCUGCCUGACAGCGACGAGGGAAGUGCUAACACUCUUUCAGACCCCUUGAGCAGCCUCUCAACUGGAAGCAACCGUCAGACCAAGCAAACCCCAAGAACUCUCAUAUUCAGCAGCAAUUUCACCCCCCCGUCACCUCUGCAUCGAGUUAAUUCCUUCCACAGCUUUGUUUCAUUCACACCCCCCCCAGCACAGCCCAUCCAGGCUAACUUCUACCAGCCGCACUACGUGGCCGACAGCCCCACAGCUCUUUAUAACAACAUGAACAUUUACCGACCUGUAAGAGUUAGACAAGAGGAACCAAACAGGACAGGCUUAAACUCACCCUGGAGAUGCCUCCAUAAAGGCAACCUGUUUGCAUAAUCGCCACCUCGUUUUGAGUUGCAAGUAAACCUAGUGAGGACCUGUUUAGCAAUCGCUUGUACACUGAUGAACACAGAAAUUCUGCAUAAUACAAAAUAAGGAUGAUUUCAGGUCUCAUGUUUUGGUGCUUAUGGAUGCUUCGUUUCCCUAAUUAAAAAGCCACCUGCUGUCAUGUAAACAUUGGCUGCAGUACAGUCCCACUAAGAACAAACCUAACGAUGCUGCUCACAGUGCAACACUGCUACUGCCAAGCACCUGCCCUUGGUACCAUUUUUGUGUAUCAAUAGAUUGAGGUGGUUUUCGUGUGGCCAGGCACAUGAAAGCAGGCUGAGUCAGUUUCUUACUCUGCACUUCAAGCAGUUGCGUAAGGAGCCAAUUCAGGAGGGUGAAGGCUGCUAUUUACGUGCCGGACUGACAUGCUGCUAGCACAGCAGUCUACCUUCACUCCAUCAUCACAGCUUGGUCUCAAUGCAGGAUUCCUUUGGGGGCUGACAGGACAGCACAGCUCCCACCUUCGCGCUGUCCAUGAUGCUGUCUGCUUGAGGUGUGCAACAAGGGUGCCUGUUUGCAGGGUUUGUUUGAACAGGCCUGCAGGCCAUGAACUGGACGGAGACCAACAGCUCAGGGCACAGAGGACAUCCUGCAGCCGUCCUACGCUCAGUUUCACUCAUUAGCAACAUGGGUGCAUUCCAGCACGCUUUGUCAAAACCUCCAGUCCCACCAGCUCAGAGCAAUUUUCCUCAUUGCAGAGCAGCUGUGUAGAUUCAGACUGGAAAAUGAAGCCAAGGAAGGAAGCAAAGUCCUGCUAGCAACACAUCUUUCCAGUACCGAGUUCCAGUUCAUGUAAAAGUACACGGAUCUUGGAAAUGCUCUCAGUGGUUGUUUGACAGAACAUUGAGUUGGAGAUAAAGGUGAUGUAAAGGAAUGCCUUGAAUAAAAGGGCAUAACAGGAGUUCAGCAGCUUGAACCAAAAUGCCUGCAAACCUGAGAAACGUUUGGUCGGGUAACCCAUGAGAGUGAAGGAAGCCUCUGUAAGCUCAAAGCAACAAAUAGUGAGAUAAUUCUUGAAAUAUAAAGGACAUAAGGGAUGUCCAUCCAUGCCCCAGAGUCACUCGAUACACACAAUUUACUGGUGUAUUGGCACUUCGUUGUUUUUCUAAUCUGCUUGCCUCUAUCUUUCAUCUGACCCCAACAAAAGCCAGAAACCCAAACACAUUUGCUCAUCUGAUGCACCUCGCUGGCUUGUCCCUUGUUCAGUAAGGUUAAGGAAUUAAAUUGCAUUUUUUUUCUGUGGCUGAUGAAAAUUGCACGCAGCAGCAAAAUUUUAAGUGAGGAGUUUCUCACCCUUGGAAGAGCUACAGCCUUAAAAAUACACCAGUAGCAUUUACAGAACAUUGUAAAAGGUAAAAGACAAUGCAUGCUACAUGGGCAUGUGAACAUUUUUAUUUCUGGAGUCAGAUUUUGGAGACCAAAAUAACACUAAACCCUUGCAUAUCAUUGUAAAUGUCUGUACAUAACAACAUUUUUUGAUUCCUUGGGAAGAAGGGAAGUUUUCAUUCC